UAACCUAACCUAACUCUAAUCCUAAUGUAUAAAGUUUUGUACAAACUGUUAAAGUUGAACGAAACUGAGAGAUUAACAUAUUAAAAUUAAUUGAUAAAAUUUAAUGACUUGAACAUGUUGGGACGUGUGCAUUAUGGAAAAUAUUUCAAAAAAUAUUUCACGCAACAAAACUAUACAAAAUCUCAAUAUCUUCGAAUGUGUCGCGCAAUUCAUGAAACUCUUGUGCUCUCACAUGCUUCUGUAGUUAAUACAAAUGCAGCCGAGAGAGCUUCAACAAACCAUAAGCCACUGAGGAAUGUUAGAGAUGGACCUUCUCUGAAAGAUUUUUUAGGAUCAUCAAUUAUUGACAUGCCCAAUGAAAAAUCUGUUCCAUAUAUACCGGACAUUUGUGGCGAAAAUCAAAAAGUGUACUUUGAAAUUUAUGGUUGCCAAAUGAAUGUAAAUGACGCUGAUAUAAUAUGGUCAAUACUGAAAUCUCAUGGUUACAAACAAACGCAAGAUUUGAAUAAUGCUGAUAUUAUAUUGCUUGUUACCUGUUCUAUCAGGGAAAAUGCUGAGCAAAAAGUAUGGAACAAGUUGGAGCACUUAAAUGGCAUAAGAAAGAAGAAGAAGAAACAUAUGAAAAUUGGUCUUUUAGGAUGUAUGGCUGAACGUUUAAAGACUAAAAUAUUAGACAAAGGAAAGCUUGUAGAUGUGAUAGCGGGUCCCGAUAGUUACAAGGAUUUACCAAGACUUUUAGUAAGGACGGACAAUGAAACAGCUAUUAAUGUUGUAUUAUCGUUUGAUGAGACCUAUGCAGAUGUCAUGCCAGUUAGGCUUGAUCAAGAUUCUGUUACGGCAUAUGUUUCCAUAAUGAGAGGUUGUGAUAAUAUGUGUACUUACUGUAUCGUUCCAUUUACAAGAGGAAGAGAAAGAUCUCGCCCGAUUACGAGUAUACUUGACGAAAUUCGACAAUUGUCGGAUGAAGGAGUAAAGGAAAUAACUCUCCUUGGACAAAAUGUGAAUAGUUACAGAGACUUGUCGCAAUCGAAACUUGUGUUUACUGAUAGAGAGACUCGUCUUGCCAAAGGUUUUAAAACGGUUUACAAAAAUAAAAAGGGUGGUUUAAGAUUCAGCGAUCUUUUGGACAAAGUUUCUUUAAUAAACCCAGAAAUCAGAAUAAGGUUUACAUCACCCCAUCCCAAGGAUUUUCCCGACGAGGUGUUACAUUUGAUAGCCGAAAGAUCUAAUAUCUGUAAACAGAUUCACUUACCUGCUCAAAGUGGCAAUUCCGCGGUUUUAGACAGAAUGCGAAGAGGAUACACUAGAGAAGCGUAUUUGGAUUUGGUACACCAUAUACGUGAUGUUCUUCCAAAUAUACACUUGUCUAGUGAUUUUAUCGCUGGAUUCUGCGGAGAGACCGAGGAAGAAUUUCAAGAUACGUUAUCGCUAAUAGAAAAAGUCAAGUACAAUACUGCCUACUUGUACGCUUACAGCAUGCGUGAGAAAACUGCGGCGCAUCGACGAUACAAGGACGAUGUAGAGUCGCAUGUGAAGCUAGAGCGUUUGCAUCGCAUGAUUGCAUUAUACAGAAAGGACAUAGAAAAGUUAAAUAAGACGCAGAUAGGCCAGCAUCAACUCGUUCUUGUGGAGGGUUCAAGUAGGAGAUGUGAUGAAAAGUUACAAGGCAGAAAUGAUGGUAAUAUGAGAGUAAUAUUAUCAUCCAUGGUUGUUCCAAUCAAUCAACAUUCUGCUACAACAAGACAGGUACAGGCUGGUGAUUAUGUCGUUGUACGAGUCGAUGACGCCAAUUCUCAGACUUUACAAGGAACACCUUUGUGUCAUUCUUCAAUUAUUGAAUACUCAUCAAAUGAACAGUGAUCGUUGUAUUAUAUUAAUUAGCAAGAACUACGUUUGUACAAUAUGUAUUUUCCAGCACUGUAAGUAGACACACAUGUCUAAUGUACAUUAUUAACUAAUAAUAAAAUAUUCUCAAACGUUUGUCCUCAAAA